GAAACAAUCUACAAAGCAAAAUAUCUUUCCUUUAUUGAAGUGACUGUCUUGCUUUUCAGACAAGGGUCAGUAAUCACGGAAACACAGCUAGCUUUCAACUCCACACAACCUGUUCCAACUGUUCAAGAGAUUUCAGACACCCUCUUUACAGCAGUGAUAACAGGAGGUGUCGAUCCACUGAACAUAACUCCUUAUUCGAUUUCAGUCAAUGGUUCGAUUAUUAACGUGACUACUUCAACUACAGCAUCAACAACAACAACAACAACAACAGCAAUGACAACAAUAACAACACCGACAACAACAACAACAACAACAACAAGACCCUUGACAUUUACAAGACCCUUGACAUCUACAACUAAAGUGCCUGCAACUACAACUACAAAAUCUGUACCCAUGUAUCUAACAGUUCUUGUGUACCGUUCUUUUGACAUAUUUAUAAUUGAACUCAGUAAUCAAAGCUCUCAGGCCUUCAAGUCAAGAUCGGAGGUUGUCAGAUCUCAGCUUGAACCAAUCUACAGAGCAAAAUAUCCUUCCUUUAUCAGAGUGAUUGUCAUAAGUUUCCGUCCUGGGUCAAUCAUCACAGAAACCCAACUAGUUUUUAACUCCACACAACCAGUUCCAACCGUUCAAGAGAUUUCAGACUCCCUCCUGACAGCAGUGGUAACAGGAGGUGUCGAUCCACUUAACAUAAUCCCUUCAACAGUUUCAGUCAAUGGUUCAGUUAUAGCUACGACUGUAGCUGCAACUACAACUACAACUGCAGCUGCAACUACAGCUUCAAGUGGAUUGAAGAUUGAAUCCAGUCUGCUCCAAGCAACAUGGCUCAUUAUUAUGGCAAAAAUAUUACAUCUUUUCCUAUAGAUCCCUUAACAAUGAAUGUGAGUUGCGAGAAAUGAAAGGCAUGUGCAAGGCACAAAUUAUAUUAGCAAAUUAUAUUAUUUUUGUAUGUGUAUUAUGUGUUAUUUAGUAUUGUAGCACACUCUCGAAAUAUGGCAAUGGCAAUAUAAACAUAAGCCUAAAAUUGCAUUGAUUCUCAGGGCACAAUUUGUAAUUAAAAAUUAUAUAUAUUUUUUUAUUUAUCAGCAGGUUGUUGUAAUCAAUCAAAUAAGGAAAAUUCCUAUUUCCUCAGUAUUUUAAAUGUAAUGCUUUUGUUCACCUGUCUGCAGGUUAAAGACUAUUUAUACAGUAAUUAUCUUUUGUCUAGUAUGUGCUAACAUUGCAAGACCUUAUUCUAUCUUAUUAUAAUCAAAUAAACAUAUUUAUUAAGUUCAUAUGGUCCAAAAUUGUAUGAUUGUUAGUAUUUACAUUUAUUUAAAAUGUACAAGGGUUUUAUAUUAAAUGAAUUAAAUAAAGUCUUAAUG